AUGUUUGGACGCUUGUUUACGAGAGCUUCGUCGCUGUGUCUCUCUGCUAGACUAGGGACAUCGACAAGGACUGUCUGCGCACAAAGGCCAUGCAUCCCCAGCGUCGCCCAACCAUCUAUGGCAAGAACAUUCAAGGUCAGAACCUCCGUGAAGAAGUUCUGUCCACACUGCUAUAUGACGAUACGCAAAGGAAGAGUCUACGUUCUCUGCAAAUCCAACCCAAAGCACAAGCAGCGUCAAGGUUAA